CGGAGAGAUCUUUGUUGAAGACCUGGGUGAAGAGACGGUGGAUACGGCCGAGAAAAUCCUGGAAGUGAUGGAAAGGGGCGAGACUAACCGACACACGGGGGAGACGAAUAUGAAUGAGCGCAGCAGUCGGUCCCACACUAUCUUCCGAAUGAUCAUUGAGUCGGAGCCUACACACUGCGAUGGGAACGACAACAGUACACACAAGCACGUUGAAGGAGACGACGAGCAUCCCGCACACAUUAAGGCCAAAAUGGUGUCUGUAUUGACAUUGGUCGAUCUCGCGGGAUCAGAACGUAUAAGUCAGACCAAAGCGGAAGGCACACGGCUCAAGGAAGGUGCACACAUAAACAAAAGUCUCCUCGCACUUGGAUCAGUCAUAUCUAAACUUAGCAGCGAUCCCGACGGGUAG